CACUGCUGAGCACUCAUGCUGCUCUCAAGUCCCCUAAAGUCCUUUCAGAAAACUUUGGGACUUUUCACGAAAUCAUAGAAAAUUUACCUUUCUUUUUUGUUUGUUUGUUUUUUUUUUUUUUUUUUUGCCUUCUAGAAGCCUACGAUGUUUUUAGAGAACUGAUCUUUAGCUUCUCCAAUUGAACAUUUUCCAGCCAUCAGAGCCAUGCACAUCGAGCUCUCCACCUGCUUCUUUCUGUGCCUCUGGCCAUGCAGCUUCGGUGCCAUCAGAAGAUACUACCUGGGCGCAGUGGAACUGUCCUGGGACUAUAAGCAAAGUGAACUGCUCAGUGAGCUGCACGUGAACAUGAGGUUUCCUCCCAGAGUGCCCAAACCUUUUCCAUUCAACACCUCAGUCAUGUACAGAAAGACUGUGUUUGUAGAGUUCACAGAUCAGCUUUUCAACAUCGCCAAGCCCAGAUCACCAUGGAUGGGUCUGCUGGGUCCAACUAUCCAGGCUGAGGUUUAUGACACUGUGGUCAUUACACUUAAGAAUAUGGCUUCUCAUCCUGUUAGUCUUCAUGCUAUCGGCGUAUCCUACUGGAAAUCUUCUGAAGGUGCUGCAUAUAAGGAUGAAACCAGCCAAAGGGAGAAGGAAGAUGACAAAGUCAUUCCUGGUAAAAGUCAUACCUACGUCUGGCAGGUCUUGAAAGAAAAUGGUCCAACAGCCUCUGACCCACCAUGUCUCACCUACUCAUAUCUUUCUCAUGUGGACCUGGUGAAAGACGUGAACUCAGGUCUCAUCGGAGCCCUGCUAAUUUGUAGAGAAGGGACUCUGAUCAAAGAAAGGACACAGACCUUGCACGAAUUUGUACUACUGUUUGCUGUAUUUGAUGAAGGGAAAAGUUGGCACUCAGGAAAAAAUGAGUCCUUGACUCGUGUUAUGGAUUCUGCAUCUGCACUGCACACCAUCAAUGGCUAUAUAAACAGGUCUCUGCCAGGUCUGAUUGGAUGUCAUAAGAAAUCAGUCUAUUGGCAUGUGAUUGGAAUGGGCACCACCCCGGAAGUGCACUCAAUUUUCCUCGAAGGCCACACAUUUCUUGUGAGGAACCAUCGCCAGGCUUCCUUGGAGAUCUCACCAAUAACUUUCCUUACUGCUCAGACAGUCCUGAUGGACCGUGGCCAGUUUCUACUGUUUUGUCGUAUCUCUUCCCACCAACAUGAUGGUAUGGAAGCUUACGUCAAAGUAGAUAGUUGCCCAGAGGAACCCAAACUACGGACAAAAAAUAAUGAAGAAGAAGAUUAUGAUGAUGGUUUGGAUGACGCUGACAUGGAUGUGGUCAGGUUUGAUGGCGACAGUGCGCCUCCCUUUAUCCAAAUGCGCUCAGUUGCAAAGAAGCAUCCUAAAACCUGGGUCCACUACAUUGCUGCUGAAGAGGAUGACUGGGACUAUGCCCCCUCGGUCCUCACCUCCAAUGACAGAAGUUAUAAAAGUCUGUAUCUGAACCAUGGUCCCCAGCGGAUUGGUAGGAAGUACAGAAAAGUCCGAUUUAUAGCUUACACAGAUGGAACAUUUAAGACUCGUGAAGCUAUUCAGCAUGAAUCGGGGAUCCUGGGGCCUUUACUUUAUGGAGAAGUUGGAGACACACUUUUGAUUAUAUUUAAGAAUCAAGCAAGCCGGCCAUAUAACAUCUACCCUCAUGGAAUCACUGAUGUCAGUCCUUUGCACUCAGGGAGAUUUCCAAAAGGUGUGAAACAUUUGAAAGACAUGCCAAUUCUGCCAGGAGAAGUGUUCAAGUAUAAAUGGACAGUGACUGUAGAAGAUGGGCCAACUAAAUCAGAUCCUCGGUGUCUGACCCGAUAUUACUCAAGUUUCAUUAACAUAGAGAAAGAUCUAGCUUCAGGACUCAUUGGCCCCCUUCUCAUCUGCUACAAAGAAUCUGUAGAUCAAAGAGGAAACCAGAUGAUGUCAGACAAAAGAAAUGUCAUCCUGUUUUCUGUAUUUGAUGAGAAUAAAAGUUGGUACCUCACAGAGAAUAUUCAGCGCUUCCUCCCCAAUGGAGUACAGCCCCAGGAUCCAGAGUUCCAAGUCUCCAACGUCAUGCACAGCAUCAAUGGCUAUGUUUUUGAUAGCUUGCAGCUGUCGGUUUGUUUGCAUGAGGUGGCGUAUUGGUACAUUCUAAGUGUUGGAGCCCAAAUUGACUUCCUCUCUGUCUUCUUCUCUGGAUAUACCUUCAAACACAAAAUGGUCUAUGAAGAUACACUCACCCUAUUCCCCUUCUCGGGAGAAACUGUCUUCAUGUCAAUGGAAAAUCCAGGUCUGUGGGUUCUGGGGUGCCACAACUCAGACUUUCGGAACAGAGGCAUGACAGCCUUACUGAAGGUUGAUAGUUGUGACAGGAACGUUGGUGAUUAUUAUGACACAUAUGAAGAUAUUCCAGCCUUUUUGCUGAGUGAAAACAAUGUCAUUGAACCCAGAAGCUUCUCCCAGAAUUCAAGGUACCCUGGCACUAGGCAAAAGCAAUUCAAACCCACCACGACUCCAGAAAAUGAUGUAGAGAAGAUUGACCCUCAGUCUGGAGAGAAAAUGCAGCUGCUUAAAGAACAAAGUGUCUCCUCUAGUGAUUUGUUGAUGCUCUUGGGACAGAAUCCUACUCCACACAGAUUAUCCUUAUCUGAUCUCCAAGAAGCCAGAAAUGAGGCUACCGAUCAUUUACCUGAACCAACAGAAAGAAACAAGGGCCCAUCCCCAUCUGAAGUGGCACAUCUCGGACCAGAGCUCCAUCACAGUGGGGAAAGAGUAUUUACUCAAGAGCCAGAACUGCCACUAAGAUUAAAUGAGAAUUUGGGAACAACUAUAAUGGCAAAGUUGAACAAACUUAAUUUAAAAAUUUCAAGUUCAUCAAACAAUCUAAUGCCUUUACCAACAAUUCCAUCAGACAAGUUGUCAGCAGGUACUGAAAAGACAGGUUCCUUCGGACCCCCAAAUAUGCCAGUUAAUUUUAAUAGUCAAUUAGGUGCCAUUGUAUUUGGCAAAAGUUUAUCUCAUGUUAUUGGGUCACGUGUACCUUUGGGCUUGAGUAAAGAAGAUAAUGAUUCCAAGUUGUUAGAAUCAGCUUUAAUGAAUAGUCAAGAAAGUUCACUGGGAGAAAAUGUAUUAUCAAUGGAGAGUGAUAGGCUAUUUAAAGAGGAAAGAGUUCAUGGACCUGCGUCAUUGACCAAAGAUGAUGCUUUAUUUAAAGUUAAUAUCUCUUUGGUAAAGACAGACAAGGCACCAGCUAACUCAACAACUAAUAGAAAGACUCACAUUGAUGACCCAACAGUAUUAAUUGAGAAUAGUACAUCAGUCUGGCAAGAUAUUGUUAUAGACAGUAAUACCAACUUUCAAGAAGUGACUUCUUUGAUUCAUGAUGAAUUGUUUAUAGACAAAAAUACUACAUCUUUUGGACUAAGCCAUGUGUCAAAUAAAACUACUUCAUCCAAAAAAAGGGAAAUGAUCCACCAAGAAAAGGAAGGCCCUGGGCCACUAGAUACAGAAUAUCCAGAUACACCAUUCUUCAAGACUCUGUUUUUGCCAGAUUCAACAAAUGUGAUAAAAAGGACCCAUGGCAAGAACUCCCUAAGCUCUGGGCAAAGGCCCAGUCCAAAGCAAUUAACAUCAUCAGUAUCAGAAAACUCUGUGAAAGAUCAGAAUGUCUUAUCAGAAAAGAAUAAGGCAGUAGCAGAAGAUUAUGAAUUUAGCAAGGACACCGGCCUCGAAGAGAUGAUUUUUCCAAAUAGCAAAAACAUAGUUCUUACUAACUUGGCUAAUGUUCAAGAAAAUGAUACAGACAAUCAAGAAAAAAAAUCCCAGGAAGAGACAGAAAGGAAAGAAACAUUAAUCCCUGAGAAUGCAGUUUUGCCUCAGGUGUAUACAGUGAUUGGAACUAAGAAUUUCCUGAAGAACCUCUUUUCACUAAGCACUAAGCAAAAUGUCGGAGGUUUAGAUGAAGAGACAUAUACUCCGGUACUUCAAGACAACAGGUCAUUAAAUGAUUCAGCAAAAAGAGCCGGGAUUCACACAGCCCAUUUCUCAAAACGAAAGGUGGAAACAAAUGUGGAAGUCUUAGGGAAUCAAACAAAGCAAAUGGUAGAGAAAUCUCCAAGCACUACAAGACUGUCUCCUAUCCCAAGUCAGCAGGAUGCAGUUCCUCACCGUGAUAAGCGGGGUUUGAAACAAUCCAGACUCCCACGAGAAGAAGUAAAGCUUGAAAGGGGGGUAACUCUGAAUGACACGUCAACUCAGUGGUCCAAAAGCAUGAAACGUUUGACCCAGGGCACCUUCACACAGAUAGAACACAACAAGAUGGAGAAAAGGACCAUUACUCAGUCCUUCUUACCAGAUUGUUCUCUGAGGAGUCAUAGGUCAAUUAGACCUACAGAUGUGAUCAAGAUCCCACCCCAAGAUAACUCUUCUCAUCCUCCAGCAUCAACCUAUGAUUGUAACUUGGGGGCAAGUCAUUCUGGGAUCCAAGAAACCAGUCAUUUCUUACAAGGAGCCAAGAAAAGUAACCUUUCUUUAGCCUUCCUAACAUUGGAAGUGAUCAGAAGUCAAAGAAAGAGCAGCGCCCUGGGGAAACAGGCCACAAAUCCACUCAUGUACAAGAAACUUGAGAACAUGGUUCUCUUGAAACAAGGCUUGUCUGAAGCAUCUGAGAAAGUUGUUCAUCAGGAAGACUUGCUUACAAAAACUAGCAAGGUUUCUCCUGCCCACCUGGAUCUCAGGGAAGAGGUUUUCCUUCAGAAAACACAGGGGCUUGUUAACUUGAAUAAAGUCUACAGGCCUGGAAAAGUGCCAUCUCUGAAAUGGACAACAGAAAGCUCUGAAAAGAUUCCCUCCAAGCUGCUGGGUCCGCUUGCUUGGGAUAACCAAUCAGCUACCUUGAUACCAAGAGAAGACUGGAAAUCCCUAGAGAGGUCACACAAACUCACAUCUUUGAAGACAAAAGAUAUCACUUUGCCCCUGGACCCUAGUGAAAACUACCAUUCAAUAGCAGUAGCAAAUGAAGGAGAAGAUAAGGCCAAAAGAGAAGCUUCCUGGCCAAAGCAAGAAGGGACUGGAAGGGUGUGCUGUCAAAAUCCACCAAUCUUGAAACGCCAUCAAAGGGAGAUAACCCUUACUACUCUUCAGCCAGAGCCAGACAAAACUGACUAUGAUGAUACUUUGUCGAUUGAAACAAAGAGAGAAGAUUUUGACAUUUAUGGUGAAGAUGAACAUCAGGACCCCCGCAGCUUUCAAAAGAGAAUACGCCACUAUUUUAUUGCUGCAGUGGAGCGACUCUGGGAUUAUGGGAUGAGUAGAUCCCCCCACGCACUAAGAAACAGGUAUGGGUCCAUUGAUUAUUCCUUUGUGCUACUGUUGUGACCUUUGACUUGACCAGAUGCUGAAACAAUAGGGAAGGCACAAUCUGCAGCAAUGAGACUCCAAAAACUGUUUUAUAGAGGAAGCUGAGAAGCAAGUGGCAAAGUCUAGAUGAAGCUGAGGAGCAAAUGGGAGGUUAGGUGGUGACACCAACAAUGAGGGUUACAGGAUGGUAAAUCCAGGUAGCAUGAAACUCUUACUCUGGUGAGAUGGAGAAGAAGAGGGGUCUACAAAAGGGUAGAGAGGUCAGAGUCAAGAAGCAGCCAUGUGGAACAGGAAGGAAGUCAGCCUCACCUAACAGCUUGUGAGCUGCCAGGUAAGGCUUAGUCUCCUGAGUGUGCCCUGAUACACACAGCAGGAAGCAGUGAAGUGUGUGGUAAUGAGAUUCAGGUGACAGGGGAGGUCAUAUUCCAAAGUACUGGGGAUCCAGAGGGCAAAAUGGGAGAAUUUCAGUGUUAAGGGAGCAGAAGGAGGUUGGACAGGGGAGAGAACACACAGAGAAAUAUGGAAGAUAAACAUAAGGAGAGUGAAUCAGCCAACAAAUAUUUAUUGAGCAUCUGUUACAUGCCAGGCACUUGCACAGACACUGAAGAAUAGCAAAGCAGGAGCUUAUAUUCUGCUGGGAAAAGCAAAAGGCAGUAAAGUACUAGAAAACUAAAUAAGGGAAUCUUAGUGCUGUUCAAAAGGUAGAAUUGACUGAUAUGGCAGAGAGUGCAGGGUGUGUUACUUUUGCUGUGGUGGUCAGAAACAUCCUCUUUGUGGAGUUGAUGCCUAAAUGAUGAUAAGAGGUCAG